AUGUGCAGUUUGGCAACAAAUUUCUUAUUCCCAUCGACGAUGAAACCAGCUUUUACAGAGAAACAGAACACUCGCUCACUCUCUAUUACAAAUAAUAGAUCCUCAAUAAAGAACAGAUCUACUGUUCCUGUUGCGAGAUUAUUUGGACCGGCGAUUUUUGAAGCCUCCAAAUUGAAAGUAUCAUUCUUAGGAGUUGAUGAAAAGAAGCAUCCAUCAAAGCUCCCAAGAACUUACACUCUUACUCACAGUGACAUAACUGCUAAGCUAACUUUAGCUAUUUCUCAAUCUAUCAAUAAUUCUCAGUUGCAGGGAUGGGCUAAUAGAUUGUUCCGGGACGAAGUAGUGGCUGAGUGGAAGAAAGUGAAGGGUAAAAUGUCCCUUCACGUUCAUUGCCACAUUAGCGGAGGCCACUUCCUUUUGGAUCUCAUAGCGAAGCUUCGGUAUUACAUAUUUUGUAAAGAAUUACCGGUGGUGUUGAAAGCUUUUGUCCACGGAGAUGGGAACUUGUUGAAUAACUACCCAGAGCUACAAGAAUCUCCUGUUUGGGUUUAUUUUCAUUCUAACAUCCCUGAGUACAACAAGGUUGAGUGUUGGGGACCGCUUUGGGAAGCUACGCAGCACAGCCAUGAUGGGAAUAGAACACGCAAAAAAUGUGAAACUCUCCCGGAGCUAGCAUGCCCCGAUGAGUGCAAGUGUUGCUUUCCUUCAGUUAGCACAAUCCCAUGGUCUCAUCGUCAUUAUCAACACAGCAGACCGGAUGAGAAUGGGAGUUUUGUCGGUGGCGGGUUGGGAAUUCCCAUGCCCAACUCAGAGAGACUGAAGUGAUAAAUGUGUUUUUCUCUUUGGUGGCUAGGAAAGUUGGAGGAAGAUGAAAGUAGUUUGUUUAGUGUUAAUACUAAGUAGAUCAAAGUUGUCCAACAUAAGCUUUAGUAUUGC